AGAUCUUAAAGAUUUUAGACCUAUAAGUUUGGUUGAUAACCUUUGUAACUUGUUGUCUUAGACCAAGUUGUAUAUAGCUGAAGGCUUAAUGUCCUUAUAUGACUUCAUUGAUUGGUUAGGUUCUUAUUGAGGGAGGAAGUAGGUUUUUGUUAUUCCUUUCCCUUCUUUUUUUCUAACACCUUUUGGCGACCGAUGUAUACGUCUUGUAUACUUUGGUGUGCCCUCUUUGGCGCUUAUUAAUACUAUUUCCAAUCACCUAUCCAAAAAAAAAAAAAAAAAAAAACAAAAACAAAAAGAUCUAAAUAGACUUGUAAUUUUUCUUUGGUUGAUAAACAAUGGGCUUAGAGCUGGCAAUGCACAUGGGUAAAAGAUUGCAAUAAGAUGGUUAUGUGAUGUUAAGUGUUAACAAGAAAGGACAUUUGACGAAGUUUCAUUUUUGGCAUUAAAGAGAAGAAUCAUGCAAAAAAAAGUUAGUUAAUUUGUACACCUAGUGUAUACUAAAAAAAUAUGUCAAAUUUCAUUAGCUUUUAAAGUUUACGUUUGGAACUUUUGAGGAAGGUUGCAAUUAAAUUGAAGAGAGAGAUUUAAUCAAUGACAAAAGAGUGUGUUUCUAAGAGAGUGAGAGAGGAGGGGGGAGGCGCAGCUAGCAUGGAACAUUUUAUUAGGAGUUGAACAGAGAGUCGGUCAACUCUUGGUUGUUGGUAAAUGCUAAAUUAUUUUGAAUUAUUUAUAACUAUUGUUCACUUUAAAUAUGGGCAAUAUGAACACCUUAUAUUUGAAACUUCUUUAUUUUCCCUAGCAGUUACUUUUGUGACACUUUCUUCUCUAGGUUAAUCAAUGGUUUCUUCAGAGGUUGGUCAAAAUUUAAUAUUUUAACAUUAUGGAAAAUAGAGGAAGCUCCUUUUAUUUGUGAUUUUGAAAGGUUAGAGUGUGAAAAGUGGUCAAAAAUGAAGUUUAAGGCACUUAUUUCUCUACUCAAAUUGGCACAUUACAUAUCACCCAACUUGUAUUGAUAAUCCUUAUGGUCAUGUUAUACUUGAUGAUACUUGCUGGCUGAGGUUUUGUGAAUUGCAUUUGUAUUAGGUAUUAACAGGUAAGACAUGUCAAUUAUGAUGGAUUAGGUGAAAUUUAUUGGUAUAGAUGAUUCCUAAUUCUAAUGCCUUCUGGCUAUUUUUUCUAGGUCAUUAAAUUCAUAGUUGUUUUUUCUGUUUCCAGGAUACAGUUGCUGAUAUGAUUAAGGCAUUGGAAGGAAUUCUUCAAUGCUACAGUGACACUGUAUUAAUCAUUGCAGCAAAGGUCGCAUUGAAGUUAGUCUGGGACUUGCCCAGUUCAUUGCUGCAAUCUCUUGUGUUACAUCUUAUUCAGCCUUUUUUAUCUUUAUUAUCUUCUCAUCAAGUAAAAGUUGCUUCCCGGUGUGCAAAUGGUUUGAAUCAUAUCCUACCAUAUCUGAGUUUAAAAGAGGAUGGAGUUAUUUGGGAGAUAUUGAAAGAAACAAAUGCAGUUAUUCAUGUUAUCAAUAAUAUACAAAAAUUUUCCAGAGGAAUGGAAUCAAUUAAAUAUUUCCAACGGAUGGCUUCUCUUCUAAGGAGGAUAUUGUGGCAGUGGCCGCCCUCUCGCUAUCGUGUAUGGAAUGAUGCUGAGUUGUUGAGGGUUUUGGAGGUUAUACGUCUUUAUGUGGUAAUGGGGCUGAGAGGCUUCUAGAAAAUGGAGAAAACCUUCUAAAAAUGGUGGUGCAGUGCAUGGACAGCACACAACCUCCUUCUGUACGGAUAGAGGCAUUUAAACUCGCUCAGUUGUUGGCGAUGAGUGAACAAAGAUGUUCAAAAAUGAUGAGAUUGUGUUGUGAGCCCAUUGUCAAAGCCAUAAUUUGUGGACUGAAGGGGUGUGGCUUGUCAGGUAGACAGAUUGCUAAAGACCGGAUUUCUUUGUUAGUGGAGGCAGGUCAUUUGGCUCUGAUUACUCGUUGGGCAGGGGAGCAUCACAUUUAUUUUUGGAAGCUAGGAAUUGCCGGUGCCCUAUCUACCCUUCUUCUACGCAAAUCUCAUAAAGCCCAACAACCUCCACAUUCCUUGUCAUUGGAAGAACUGACAUUCAUAACAGAUGAGGGUAGUGCAUUCAUCUGGGAAAUUAUUGUGGGGCUUGUAACCCACUGUGGGGAAGAUUUCAAUCCUGAGAUGAAUGGCACUGACGUUUUCAUCAGCAUCCUUAUUUAUUGUGCAUGCAAGACCUUUGUGGACUCAGUUGAUCCGAUUUUUGAAGAAGCUGCAAACAAUAUCAGCAGCUGUUUAGCAUCUAGAGCACUUCUGAUGAUGAUUUAUUCUCCCUGCAAAUACAUUGCAUCACAGGCCCAAUCCAAAUUGUCUAAGGCUCUAAAGGCAGAGGGAAAGCGUUAUCUAAAAUCCUUUACGGAUUACCUAUGCUAUGUCUCAUCCAGGGAUGAGUAUGGAAGACCAGAUGAACGCACUUUCUUUAGCAUAGUGGGAUUGACAUGUUAUUCGGGUUUGCCGCAGUAUCAAAAGUAUGUUUUACAGAGUGAAGGAAUAAAAACGCUGCUGGCCUUUAUAAAGCAGUGCUUAAAAAAUGAUUCCCAUUUGGGAAGGCUAAGUUUUGCCUCUAAUUUGCAAAAUAUUUUCAGUAGCUGGACAUGUUGCCAGACAUGUGCAGAAGAUUGGGAUGGCGGAGACAUUCUUAUGCUUUUUGGUCUGUGGGGGCUAGCUGAAUUGAUCCACCAUUCUGGUCGCAUGAGAAAUCACCCUGAUUUAUUUCGUGGCCAGAUGGAAUAUACUGAAGUUCAAUUCAUUAAAAAACUCCAAGAGAUCUGCAGUGAUACUUCUAUUCCUGGGCUAAGAUGGUAUGCUGCAUACCUUCUUAGUUAUUUUGGAGUGUAUGGUUUUCCAAGUAGGAUUGGUAAUGCACUUGGUGAAAAGGAAAAUGCAGAUAUGCAACUCAUUCUUAAAAAUGGAGAAUCUGUGAGCAUUCAUGGUGUUGUUCUUAUGGUCCAAUGUCCAUCAUUACUGCAGACUGUUGAGCUGCCUCUUGAUAAGGAAAGUUCUGAUGGCUCUUCAGUUAGACAAUAUACAGAGUCGGCGAAAAAGUUCAAGAAAGAAGUUCAUUUAUCUUCUCGUUUACGUCAUCAGCCAUUAGUGAAGCUAUUGGAAUUUGUUUAUUUGGGAUAUUUACAAGCAGGAGAAGACCUUGUGAAGUCAUUGAAAAGUUUUGCUAAACAUUGCAAACUGCAACCUCUACUACAAAUGCUUCAUAGAAAUCGUCCAAAGUGGGGCAUGCCUUUUCCUGGAUUGGAUCUUGCUCUUGCACUCGAUUUUGAUGGGCAUACUUUUUCGGAUGUUGCCUUGGAAGCUGAAGCAACUGAAGUGAUGCAGUGGACAUGCAAAUUCUGCUCUGUUUUAGUGCCUCAUAUGCACGUCCACAAAGUCAUAUUGUGGUCAAGUUGUGAUCAUUUCCGGGCCAUGUUCCGGUCAGGGAUGCAAGAAAGCCGUUCCCCCUUCAUAAAGGUCCCUGUUAGUUGGGAGGCAUUGGUUAAACUAGUGGACUGGUUGUAUUCUGAUAAACUGCCAACACUCGUCACUGGCUGUUUAUGGGAUAACAUGGAUGAAAGGAAAAAGCUACAGGAGCUGCAACCGUACUUGGAGCUUUGUUGGCUUGCAGACUAUUGGUUAUUGGACGAUAUUCAAGAACACUGCUCAAGAGUGAUCAACUCUUGCCUGGAUUCUUCUGGAAACUUGUCUCUUGAAGUACUCCAUAUAGCUGCUAGGCUCUCCCUGUGGAAGUUGGCUGAGACUGCAGUAAAUCGCUUAGCCCCUUCAUAUAGCCGUCUCUGCCUCACUGGUGAAAUUGAAAAGCUGGAUAAAGACCUUGCUGACAUGGUUCAUGCUGCCUCUGUUCGACAUUCCCAGGAUUCAACCAAAUGCAAGUUAGAAGAGUAACAGGAGACAACAGGCAAGUUAUAGUAACUAUUUGUGAAUACACCAUACAUUUUGUAGGAUUGAACCCAGCUUUGGAACAUCAAAACUGUUUGCAACCUAGUUCCACCACUGAAUGUAUUUUCUGUAUCUUUCAAGAGGUGUUGAAUGAAAGCCACUACCAAUAGACAAAAUGUUGAAGCCAAUACAAGAUUUUCUUUGGCUGCAUCUGGGUGUUUUGAGUCUCCAG